CAUCGCAAAAAUUUCCCGGAUGUGUAUCUCGCGCUUGCGCAGAUUGUCAAAGGAAAUCGCGGCAUUUCAGCUUUGAGGGAAAGUAACAUCUCAAGCAUAACAACAACUGAGACCAGAAUCCUUUCAACACUCCAGUAACCAAGAAACAUCAAUAUGGCAGCACCAUUAACAGCAAUGAGUAAGAAAACAAAGAAGGAUGUUGGUGAAGACGGCAUUGAUGCUGAGGAGGAAGAGGAGGAGGAGUACACAGUGGAGAAGGUUGUUGAUGGAAGAAUGAGGAACGGAAAGAAGGAGUACCUUCUCAAAUGGAAGGGGUAUCCGGACUCUGAAAAUACAUGGGAACCGGAAGAAAACCUAGAUUGUCCUGACCUCAUAGCGGACUACGAAGACAAGAGGAAAAAGAAAGAACAAGAAAAGAAGAGGAAGCAAGCAAAUGGAAUGGAUGACGGUUCAUCUAAGAAGAAGAAGAAAGUAGCAGAAGUAAAAACUGCUCCCGAAGAUGACAAUAAACCCCGAGGCUUUGACCGUGGUUUACAGCCAGAGAGAAUUAUAGGAGCAACUGACAGUAGUGGGGAGCUUAUGUUCCUAAUGAAAUGGAAGGACAGUGAUGAGGCAGAUUUAGUACCAGCGAGACAGGCAAACGUGAAGUGUCCACAGAUAGUAAUUGCUUUUUAUGAGGAGCGACUCACCUGGCAUACACAUAAUGACAACGACGACGACGAGAAAGGAAAAGAUGAAAACAAGUCUUAAAACUACAGUUGAAGACAGUCAUUGUUUUAUCAAACUCAUUGUGUAUAAACAUUGUUUCCAUGGAAACUAAACAUCACCAUGGGGAAAGAGGGAAUGUAUUUUAACAUGGAUCUGUUGGCCCCAACAGCUGUCGUCAUUAACAAGGACGAUAUUUUCACGGAUCGUGACAAAAGAGCUGAAACUUGCAGUUUGGGAGUAAGCUCCUCAUCCAGGGAAGUCAAGACAGAUUCUCUCAGUAUUUCUGUGGAUCUUAGCAUCAUUUGUCACAACCAAAGAAAUCAAACUGUCAAAGUAGUUUUCUAUUAGCACAUUGUGGACAGUUAUGAAAACAGAUUAGGGCAUUCAAGAUGGAAAUUGUCGGCUUGAUGGUUAUAAUUAAUUGUAUUUUUUAAUUUUGAUCAAUCUGGUAGCAUUUUGUCUCGUACAGUGUUUUAAUGGUGUUCAAAACAUUUUUUGACAUUGUCAAGCUGGGAGAAUUUUUUAAUUUUUUUUAUGACAAAUGAACCCACCAUUACUGUGAAGAACUCGAAUCAUGUCAUAGAAUGCUGGUUUGUUUAUACAUCAUUCAGAUUGUAAAGAAAGUGCUAAUGUAUCACAUCUUCCAUCGUUCAUUGAUAUCAGUAACCCGUUUCAACUUUCUGCAGAUAUUUUGUGAGAAGGUUAGGUGUUUGUGGCCGCUGAGAUGCUGCCAUUCAAGUGUACUCUUAGUUACUGACCAAUUUAAGUUCGAGUCCCUUGUAUCAAUCCAGUUGUCAUGGUUAUGUUUUGCGGCAAUGUUUAAGUGGUAAAGAGUAUUAGCUGAUUAACUGAAAACAUUAAUCAUACAGUAUUCAAGUAUUUGGAGAAGUAAUAUUAGACCACUGUCAUUUGUUCAAGUGUUGAUAUGAAUUGGUUUUCAAGUCUAUUCCAGAUUGUCUUUUCUUUCUUCUCGCUAGCAUUCAUGUAAGCUUCACAAUUAUGAGUUCUUGUAUUGAGUUUGUCGGUAUAUCUUGUUUUUUAUCAUGUAAAAUGUCACAUACCUUUCACAUUGUCAAGACUUGUGUGUUUUGAUCAUCACUAUCGGCAUUUGGUACCCUUAGUGAACGUGAUGAAGUUCUCUCUCAGUGGGCAAAACUGCCUGGGCCUUGUGAUUUUAUCGCUGGUUAAUUACUGUUGGCCGAACUUGAUCGACUUGUUAGAUAAACCAUUUUGGAGAAGCAGGUUGGAUUCAUUUAGCAUGCAUGGUGUAUAGAAACUAUAACAACUUCAGUGGGAUGUUGGUAGUGCAUCAGAUGUUUGGACUCGGGUGAAUACAGAUGUAUAAAUCCAACUCUGGACACAAGCCGAAUCUGUUGACAUACCAGCAGCAUCCAUUCAUGUGAUGCAUUAUUUACAUUCCAGAGCAGAUCAUAAAUUUUAAACUAAAGUGUAGCCUAUUUGUGUACCUGGCCUCACCAUCUUUGUACAUUUUUAGAAUGGAAAUUUGAAAAACGAUAAGCUUCUGAAUAAAUAUGAAAUGUGAAGUAUUGUGUCUGUUUUCUCAGAUUGAGGAAUUCUCAAAAUCAGAUGUGAAAGCAAGUACCUGCAACUUCAAAAUGUUUAAAUUGUAAAUUAGGAGUCCCCUGCUAACUGAAGAAAGAAGCAGUGGGGCUGAUAUUACACCAAUUCUUAGACCUUUUGCCUUGUUGAUAACAUGGGUAACAGUAACUUUCUGAAAAAUGUGAAUGUAUGGUUGUGUUCAGGUAUUCCUUAAGGGUGUUUGUGAUUAAUAACACAUUAUUUAAUGUGUCCUUUUUACUACACAGCUGUCUUACAGGUUUCCACUGUUCAUUGGAAUUAUAUAUGGAGGUGUCGAUUUCUCAAACUAAACUAGCAUUUACAGUGUGGAUAUGUGAAUAAAUGCCAAAGUGACAA